AUGGGAAACGAAAUUUACGAUUAUCUUACGAAACAGCUCUUCAUAGAUAAGAACGUCGUGACGUUCAGGUCGCUGAGCAGGCAGUUUAAGAUCCAUAUCAAUGCAGCCAAAAACUUGUCUGCGUCUUUUCUUACUAAAAAUCACUUGCGCAGUGAGCUGGCCAACUUUCACGCCAACCCCGACCCUUCCUCCGGUUCGGUUCACGCAACAUAUCUCCUUACCGGCGAGCUCGCACCCGCCCGAAUUGCUAAUGGUGAUAGCAUGGAUGUCGACGCUGACGUGAACUCGCAGACAGACGAAGACGGAGAACAUGUCCAAGAAGUGCGGGUAACCCUCGUCGGAGAACAGAACCUUGAGAGUGUCAAGUCCACCUAUGGCCGCAUUCUCUCGCAGCACGUAUACUGCCUUUCGCCGUCUCCCGUUAUCGUGCGUGGCAUUUACUGCCACUCGUUAUACUUUUGA